UAAUUUAAUGGUUUCAUUUUUUUAAUAUUUGCCUUUCGAUCUUAGCUGCUUCUUUUUCUUCAUUCAAAUCCCCUCUUUUCUUUGGGUAUAUAAAGGGUUAGGUGUUUCUAACCUUUGUCAUACCAACAAAGUUGCCACAAGACCAACUACAACACCAAGACCACCCAAAAAAACAUCGAAAUAUAUCUCCAAACCCUGAAUUCCACCAUGGAAUCCUGCUAUUUUCAGCACCCAAAUUCAGAAUUCUCACAGGAAUCGUCAUCACUUGAUGAAUCCUUAUCAUGGGAUGAGCUUCUUUUCCACCACAAUUCACUUCCCUUCAACCUCAACGACUCCGAAGAAAUGCUACUUCUGGAUGUCAUCGCCAAGGGAGCCAAGGAAACAUGGGAAACCAAUUCCAUAGGUGCUGUCAAGGAAGAGGAAGUCACUUCCAUUGCAGAAGAAGAACCUUGCAAGAAAGAGAAGUCCUAUAGAGGGGUUCGGAGGCGGCCGUGGGGAAAGUACGCAGCGGAGAUAAGAGAUUCAACAAGGCGUGGCAUCAGGGUAUGGCUUGGAACCUUUGACAGUGCAGAGGCAGCUGCUCUGGCAUACGACCAAGCUGCAUUUUCAAUGAGGGGAGCCUUGGCUGUGCUCAAUUUUCCAGUGGAAGUGGUCAGGGAGUCACUGCAAGGCAUGAAGUAUGGCUGUGCGGAGGCAGGCUGCUCGCCGGUGGUGGCACUCAAGAGGAAGCAUUCCAUGAGAAGAAAAUCCAUGGCUAGGAAAAGUAAAGGAAAAGAAGAACUAAGGGCACAAAAUGUGGUGGUAUUUGAGGACUUGGGAGCUGAGUAUUUAGAUCAACUUCUGAGCUUUAGCCCAUCUGAGAGUAGCUUGAGCCCAGCAGAGAGUGCCAGCCCUCAGUGAUUUUUCUUCUUUUAUUUAUUUUUUUAUUUUUUUCUUGUACCUUCAUUUUCUUGUUAUUCUUUUUUGUUUUCUUUGGUUAUAUCUCUUCUUCUCCUCUUUCUCCUAUCUUCGCUUCAUGAGCAAAAUCAAUUUUGUAUAGAUUGAGGCGUGUCAACAAUCAUUAUGGGGGUUAGAUCGGAGUCGUCCUAGUUGUCCCACUCAAUCCUGUUGUUUGUAAAGUUGAAAGGAUAGGCUUGUUAUCAAUUGCAAGAUCUUCUCUACCUCUAUUAUUGCAGUCUAAAAGUCUGAC